AUGCUGUCCGAAGAGCAAAUCCGGUUCUUUCAUCAGAAUGGGUAUUUGAUUCUUCGUGAUAUUCUCUCGGCGGAUGAAACGCAAGACCUCCAGAAGUGGGCACAGGAAGUCCAUGACUGGCCGACAGAUGAGCGUAGUCCCGGGAUGCCGUAUGAGGAGAUCAAUGCCCGGGGCGAGACAGUGCUCUGCCGCACGGAGAAUUAUGCAAACUCUCACGAAGGACUCAAUGGGCUCCUCCGUGGACGGAAGCUGCUUCGUCGGCUCGAGCAGCUGUCUGGCGAACAAAUGUUGCUUUUCAAAGAGAAGAUCAACUACAAGCUUGCGGGAAGCGGUGGUUUUGCUCCCCAUGUCGACUCCACGGCGUACACCCACAUCAAGAAAAUCAAACACCCUGCUAUUCUGUUGGCGGUCGACCCAUCAAACAUGACGAAUGGGGGGUUAGAGGUCGUGAAAGGAAGCCAUGAGAUGGACGUUCCGAUCGGACAAGAUAACUGCAUCGAGCCAGAAUGGGCGAGGCAGCAGACCUGGACGCCCGUUGAGCUUGCAGCUGGCGAAGUUCUCAUCUUUGGGUCGUACCUUGCUCACCGAAGUGGUGCAAACCACAGUAGUCUGGACCGGAAAGCGCUUUAUGCCACUUACAACUGCGCUAGAGAGGGUGAUCUGCAUGACGAGUAUUAUGCAUACAGAAAGGCAGUAUGGCCACCAGCGCAGCUAAGAAAGAAAGGCAAAACCUACCAGGAAGGUGCAUUGAGAUAUGGGUACGGUAGUCCGAUGCUGAGUGUCGAUGCCGGAAGGCAGCUUGUGUUCGAUGAGGAGAUAUCACCCUCGAAAUUGGGGGCUUCGAAGGCCACAUCCCAGAUCUUUGAAAUCUUGAACACGCACGGGCAGAGUGAUUACAUUGGGGAACCAAUCUCGCAGAUUGAACAUUCCCUCCAAUGUGCUUACCUUGCUGCGCAAAACUCAGCAGAUCCUCAGACAAUAGCUGCCGCUUUACUUCACGAUAUCGGGCAAAUCAUUCCAGAAGCCAACGCCGAAAAAUUCCUAGGCGCAAAGGUACAGAACAUGCACCAGGAAGCCGGUACGGGUCUUGACUCGAAGCCGUCCGAUAGUGUGGGCCGGGUCGCGCACGAAAGCCUGGGCGCCCAGUAUCUGCUAGCGUUGGGAUUUCCGGCAAAGGUGGCAGAGCUUGUUGAAGCUCAUGUGCCCGCGAAGAGGUAUCUCUGUGCGACGGAGGAGGGCUACUACUACACCCUGAGUGAUGCGAGCAAGGAAAAUCUGCGGUUUCAAGGAGGCCCGAUGAGCCCAGAAGAAGUCCGGGCAUGGCAGGAAGGGAGGUGGCCGGCAGAAAAGGCAAACCUGAGAAGGUGGGAUGACGGAGCCAAGGUGGUUGGGCGGGAUGUGCCUGGGCUCGAGAAUUAUCGACACAUACUGCAAGAGAUUUUGAGUCAGUAA